AUGGAAAUUUCUUCAGGCAAAUGGUUAUCUGAACUGGAAAUGGAAGAUCCCACGCUAUUCCCACACCAAUACCAGAUGAUGAACCCUAUUGACUAUUCAUUCCAUGAUAUAAAUUUCAACUCUCUCUCUUCUGAAAACUAUGCAUGCAAUCCAUGUAUCGAUGGUGAUUCAUUCGUUGAAGCUUCUCAUGAGAUUGACGACUUUAAAAGGCCAAUGAAACAACUCAAAGCCAACAGUUGGAACUCUAGCAUUACAGAAAAUCACAUCCCACCACAACCAAAGGCGGCAUCGUCGUCGUCGUCUUCCCAUAUAAUCUCCUUCAGCAACUCGAAUUCAUCGCCUGCGACAUUCUAUGACGUGAAACCCAAAACUGAGGUGGGUAAUUAUUGGGAUGGAAAUAUGGGAUUCAGGGAGCAGUAUUGUUCAAAUAAAUCUGGGCAGGUUUCGAGGUCAAGGAGUCCGGUACAUGCUCAAGAUCAUGUAAUUGCAGAACGAAAACGCCGUGAAAAGCUUAGCCAGAGUUUCAUUUCUCUUUCAGCACUUAUUCCUGGCCUCAAAAAGACAGACAAGGAUUCAGUUCUUGGAGACGCUAUCAAGUACUUGAAACAACUUCAAGAUCGAGUUAAUGUGCUUGAGAAACAAGUUGCUAACAAAACAACGGAAUCAGUGAUCUUUGUAAGGAAAACCCAGAUUUAUGCAGAUGAUGAGACGAUAUCUUCGUCCAAUGAGAAUUCCGAUGGCCGAUCUAACGAUGCCUUCCCUGAAAUCGAAGCGAGAGUUUCCGAUAAGGACGUGCUGAUUAGGAUUCAAUGCAAGAACAACAAAGGGUGCAUAACAAACAUAAUAAACGAGGUCGAAAAGCUUCAUCUCUUUGUACUCAAUACCAGUGUCUUGCCCUUUGGACAAGCCACUCAUGACAUAACCAUUGCUGCACAGAUGGAAGCAGAGUUUUCAAUGACAGUGAAGGAUCUUGUGAAAAGCCUUCGAGUAGCUUUGCUCAAGUUCAUCAAGUGAUGAAAUUGCAACACUAUGUUCACAUUAAGAGAAGAAAUUUGG